AGGCGGCGGCCGCGGCUCCCGCCCGCACAGAGCGCCAGUCCCGCGAAGCCCCCUCCCACUCCCGGGCGGGCGGUGGCGGCUGCGGGAGGAGGGGAAAGAGGAGGGAGCGUCUCUGCCACCGCCUCCUGGUCCCCAGCGCCGAUCCGCCGCCGCCGCCACCUCCCUCCGCGGCGAUCCUCCCUCCAUGGUCCUGCCGCGGCCCCCUCUGUAGCCGGAGCUGCUCCGCGACGCGACGGAGCCGGCCUCGGACAGAGGGAGCGGUCGCGGCCUCGCGGCCCGCGCGGGCUGACGAGCGGAGAGCGCGACGCCGCGCGGUCCCCGAGGAUCCGCACGCCGGGCAGCGCGGCCCGAGCAGCGCGAGAAGCAGCGGGCGGGCGGGCGGCGCCGGGCCCGGGCCGCCCUCGCUCCCGCGCCCCGGCCCCGCCGCCCGCGCCGGGGCGGUCGCCUGCAGAGGAAGGCGCCGCAGUCUGUGGGCCUCGCGGCCCCACUCGAGCGUCCUCGGCACCGAGGGCUCGCGGGUCCUGAGGGGAGGAGGCGAUCCCGGGGCUGGGCACUGAGCUCUUGGGCGCCCCCACCCCCGUUUUCGAAGCCCUCCACGCUGCGGCCGCUAUCCCCUCCGGACCAUGGCCGACGACGACGUGCUGUUCGAGGAUGUGUACGAGCUAUGCGAGGUGAUCGGAAAGGGUCCCUUCAGUGUUGUACGACGAUGUAUCAACAGAGAAACUGGGCAACAAUUUGCUGUAAAAAUUGUUGAUGUAGCCAAGUUCACAUCAAGUCCAGGGUUAAGUACAGAAGGUAAGAGAUGGAUUUCAAAUCUAAAGCGGGAAGCCAGUAUCUGUCAUAUGCUGAAACAUCCACACAUUGUAGAGUUAUUGGAGACAUAUAGCUCAGAUGGAAUGCUUUACAUGGUUUUCGAAUUUAUGGAUGGAGCAGAUCUGUGUUUUGAAAUCGUAAAGCGAGCUGACGCUGGUUUUGUGUACAGUGAAGCUGUAGCCAGCCAUUAUAUGAGACAGAUACUGGAAGCUCUACGCUACUGCCAUGAUAAUAACAUAAUUCACAGGGAUGUGAAGCCCCACUGUGUUCUCCUUGCCUCAAAAGAAAACUCGGCCCCUGUUAAACUUGGAGGCUUUGGGGUAGCUAUUCAAUUAGGGGAGUCUGGACUUGUAGCUGGAGGACGUGUUGGAACACCUCAUUUUAUGGCACCAGAAGUGGUCAAAAGAGAGCCUUACGGAAAGCCUGUAGACGUCUGGGGAUGUGGUGUGAUCCUUUUUAUCCUGCUCAGUGGUUGUUUGCCUUUUUACGGAACCAAGGAAAGAUUGUUUGAAGGCAUUAUUAAAGGAAAAUAUAAGAUGAAUCCAAGGCAGUGGAGCCAUAUCUCUGAAAGUGCCAAAGACCUAGUACGUCGCAUGCUGAUGCUGGAUCCAGCUGAAAGGAUCACUGUUUAUGAAGCACUGAAUCACCCAUGGCUUAAGGAGCGGGAUCGUUAUGCCUACAAGAUUCAUCUUCCAGAAACAGUAGAGCAGCUGAGGAAAUUCAAUGCAAGGAGGAAACUAAAGGGUGCAGUACUAGCCGCUGUGUCAAGUCACAAAUUCAACUCAUUCUAUGGGGAUCCCCCUGAAGAGUUACCAGAUUUCUCCGAAGACCCUACCUCCUCAGGACUUCUAGCAGCAGAAAGAGCAGUCUCACAGGUGCUGGACAGCCUAGAAGAGAUUCACGCGCUUACAGACUGCAGUGAAAAGGACCUAGAUUUUCUACACAGUGUUUUCCAGGAUCAGCAUCUUCACACACUACUAGAUCUGUAUGACAAAAUUAACACAAAGUCUUCACCACAAAUCAGGAAUCCUCCAAGCGAUGCAGUACAGAGAGCCAAAGAGGUAUUGGAAGAAAUUUCAUGUUACCCUGAGAAUAAUGAUGCAAAGGAACUAAAGCGUAUUUUGACACAACCUCAUUUCAUGGCCUUACUUCAGACUCACGACGUAGUGGCACAUGAAGUUUACAGUGAUGAAGCAUUGAGGGUCACACCUCCUCCCACCUCUCCCUAUUUAAACGGCGAUUCUCCAGAAAGUGCUAACGGAGACAUGGAUAUGGAGAAUGUGACCAGAGUUCGGCUGGUACAGUUCCAAAAGAACACAGAUGAACCAAUGGGAAUCACUUUAAAAAUGAAUGAACUAAAUCAUUGUAUUGUUGCAAGAAUUAUGCAUGGGGGCAUGAUUCACAGGCAAGGUACACUUCAUGUUGGUGAUGAAAUUCGAGAAAUCAAUGGCAUCAGUGUGGCUAACCAAACAGUGGAACAACUGCAAAAAAUGCUUAGGGAAAUGCGGGGGAGUAUUACCUUCAAGAUUGUGCCAAGUUACCGCACUCAGUCUUCAUCCUGUGAGAGAGAUUCCCCUUCCACUUCCAGACAGUCCCCAGCUAAUGGUCAUAGCAGCACUAACAAUUCUGUUUCGGACUUGCCAUCAACUACCCAACCAAAAGGACGACAGAUCUAUGUAAGAGCACAAUUUGAAUAUGAUCCAGCCAAGGAUGACCUCAUCCCCUGUAAAGAAGCUGGCAUUCGAUUCAGAGUUGGUGACAUCAUCCAGAUUAUUAGUAAGGAUGAUCAUAAUUGGUGGCAGGGUAAGCUGGAAAACUCCAAAAAUGGAACUGCAGGUCUCAUUCCUUCUCCUGAACUUCAGGAAUGGCGAGUAGCUUGCAUUGCCAUGGAGAAGACCAAACAGGAGCAGCAGGCCAGCUGUACUUGGUUUGGCAAGAAAAAGAAGCAGUACAAAGAUAAAUAUUUGGCAAAGCACAACGCAGUGUUUGAUCAAUUAGAUCUUGUCACAUAUGAAGAAGUAGUAAAACUGCCAGCAUUCAAAAGGAAAACACUAGUCUUAUUAGGUGCACAUGGUGUUGGGAGAAGACACAUAAAAAACACUCUCAUCACAAAGCACCCAGACCGGUUUGCGUACCCUAUUCCACAUACAACCAGACCUCCAAAGAAAGAUGAAGAAAAUGGAAAGAAUUAUUACUUUGUAUCUCAUGACCAAAUGAUGCAAGACAUCUCUAAUAACGAGUACUUGGAGUACGGCAGCCACGAGGAUGCGAUGUAUGGGACAAAACUGGAGACCAUCCGGAAGAUCCACGAGCAGGGGCUGAUUGCAAUACUGGACGUGGAGCCUCAGGCACUGAAGGUCCUAAGAACUGCAGAGUUUGCUCCUUUUGUUGUUUUCAUUGCUGCACCAACUAUUACUCCAGGUUUAAAUGAGGAUGAAUCUCUUCAGCGUCUGCAGAAGGAGUCUGACAUCUUACAGAGAACAUAUGCACACUACUUCGAUCUCACAAUUAUCAACAAUGAAAUUGAUGAGACAAUCAGACAUCUGGAGGAAGCUGUUGAGCUCGUGUGCACAGCCCCACAGUGGGUCCCUGUCUCCUGGGUCUAUUAGGCCUCUCCCCAGAUAUCUGAGCAUAACUGGGAGCACCUCAUUCGUGGAAAAGCCUCUUUGUUAUCGGCCUUGUGUCAGCAGGUCAUGGUCCCUAGAGACUACCUAGUUGUAGUGUGACCUACAUUUAUAAUUAUUGUCAUGUCCGAAUAGAUAGGAGGAGAAAAACAAUUACACACUAAUUUAAAGAGACAGUAUCUUUUUUAAUCAGUUCUCCUAAACUUUAAUAAAAUGUAUCUUUAAAUGUAUGUAUUAUUCAAUCCUUUGGAAUGUUAUAUUUUUGGAAAUCAUAGCUUUUUAUUUCCAAGGCCCCUAAAAACUGCACAAAAUAGAUGCUGCUUUCUAUAAUCUAUUUUAAUAAUAAUAAACAAUGAUUCUGUUACCUUGACUGGGGGUGGAACACUACAUUCUUUUUAGAGUCUGAUUUUAUGGAUUGGAAUAUUGGAAUAUCUUUCUUUCCUUUAUUUAUUUGAAAUAAUUAGUGUAGUGAUUACAAAACAGUCAUAAAUUUUUAAAGGCCUUUUUUCUCUCCUUUUUUUUUUUAGAAUAGUAUUUUUUUUUAAGUCCUUUAUGUAACAUCCAGAUAAUGUGAUACUGUCUCUUUGAAGCACCCUGUAAACCUUUUAGAGAUUUGAAGUUGGGUCUUGACUCUUAAUGCAUGUGGACAGUCGCGAGCGUUUAUGCUGUCGGUGUGUCUGUGUUGGACAAAACAAUCUGUAAUCUACAGCAAAGUACAUUCUACAUUCCGUUCAUGGGGCACACCCAGGGGAAUAAGAAUAAAAUGCUAUUAUGACUAAGUUGUAAACCUAUGCACAUCCCUUGCAUUUUGGGCAACUUUAUAAAAAAAAAGAAACUGAUUUUUAUUAAUAAUAAUCAUGUAGUGAAAUGUGUUUGUAAUUUUGUCUCAAUUUAAUUUGUUGUAAGGUGGGGUGGGGGGAAUUGCUGGUUUCACCAUUUCAGAUCUGUGUUGUCUAAGAGUAUUAACAUUUUAAUUAAGCAAAGAAAUGAGGAUUUUUAAUCUGUAUGUAAUUGUUUUAAAGCACCCAUUUUAAGAGAAAAUACUGUGCAAUGAAGAAACCAGUUUAGGCAUUUGCUAUAAACUGAAAUAUUCCAAAAGAAUCAUCUAUAACAGCCCUGUAAAUUCCUUUAAAAUGAUAACUAACAGGACAGUUUGACCAAUUUUUUUUAAAUAUACUUCCUUUUAUGUGUUCAAUAAUUAAAUGCCUUUGGGUCCUUCAUUUCAUUACAGAUUUGUUCAGGCUUCCAAGCUGAUAAUCUUUACAAUUGUAUAAUUUGUUAGAUGCUCAUCGAAACUUUGAAGGCCCAGGAGUGAGUAUCAGUUGGCAGGGCGACAAAGUAGCCUGCCAGAGCACAGCUGGACCAUGUCUGACUCGCACAGAGCCAUGCGCCCAAGGGCCACAGGUGUACUGGAGGCCACCUGUGGUCUCUCCUUCCUCUUGCUGUAUCCCUUGGCACAGGGGAAUCAUCUGUCCUUGUUGCUUUAGAGACAUUAACCAUCUCAUAACCCUUCCAUGAAGUCACAUUCUUCCAAUACAGGAGAUUCGGGCUGGGGUUCUCAGACUCUUUGCCAGAGGUCAGUAGAAUGUUUUUCAUUAGCGUGUGAGGGUGUGAAGUGCUUGUAUUAACCUGUGAUCCUUGAAAACAUACCAUCGUUUUUUGCUUCUUGUAGGUUAGAUGGCCUUGUCACCUUGUGCCUUGGCAGGAUGUGCAGGGUGUGUUCUGAGCCGAACAGCUCCUCUUAAAGGACCAAACAGAGAAGGCAUUAGUAUACUUCUUUUACGUUGUCAACACCCUACCCGCCUCCGCCCCCCAUCGCCUAUUAUGAAAUGGUGGCGAUUUUUUUUUUCUGAUGUUGUCCUUUUUGCCAGUGACCAGAUGAGUCUGCAACUUACUAACAAGGUAUUGAGUGAACUACUUCUGUUUGGGCCCCACAGUGGGGUGAGCAAGCCACCAAAUCAGAGACAAGCUCAACAGUGGUCUCAUGCUAGAUGGAGAGAGAAACCUUCAAAGAGUUGGUUAGGGCUGUGUUAGGACUGAUUCAAAUCUGAUAGAUGCCAAGGCCAGACAGUCAUUGCUGGUAUGGUACUGACCACAGUUCGGGCUCUUAGUGUGAAGGUGUCCACUCUACCUCUUUUCUGGUGAAGCACAAAGACAACUACAACUAACACAUGGGAAACAGAAACUUCCCUCCCUCUAGUGGAAACCCCCACGCCCCCACUUGCCCUUUGAGCCCACAUCUCCAGAGAUGCUGAUGAUGCCUGUCUUAAGCCAUCUGCCAUGUUUAUAAAGGUGGAUUAAGCAGAGGAGGAGAAAAGCCAUGCCAACUUAGAUGUCUGUGGCCCCAGAAUUCACAGGCACUGUAGCACUCGUCCUCAGUGGCUUUAUACAUCCUCUGAGAAGCACACAGGCAGGCAUCAUUCUUGCCAUCAUUCCGAUGGUGAAAUCCCUGCAUGCAGAACUCAUUGACUUCUCAAAGAUGUUAUCUGUUCCAUUCCACUAAUACAUGUCUUCUCUAAAGCAGUGUCUUUAUGACCUAGCUGCAUAUACUUAAAUUUCUGAAUUCAGAGUAGUUUCAGUACAUUGCUGCUGCUGCUGCUGCUGCUACUGCUACUGCUACAUUACAGUUGUCCACUAAGCAAUCAGAGAAAAUUGCUAAAAGCUUCUUUACUGCUUCCAUUCCAUCAGCAGAACUUUUUUUUUUCUUUCUUUCUUUUAAAGACCAGAAUGAAUGAUUAGAGUACUAAAUCUUAUUAGUGGUCAAUUGAAGUACUGGAGAGCCGUAUUUUGAAGGUUCUCUCCCCCACCCAACUCCAUUCCCCACAGCAAGAAAGGGAGUGUUUUUAUAUGUUGAAUUCUUUGUUAAAAAGAUGAAAUGUCCUGAUUUUCCAAUCACAAGACAGUAAUUACUUUGCACAUGCAGCAUAUCCCAUUUUAAUGCUAAAAAGGGAAAUGUCACUCAAUUUAAUUCAUCUGGAAGUUUCCCAGUGUCAAGAUAACAUUGUAGCCUUUUUAAAUGCAAUUAAAUGUAUCUCUUGUCAGGUGAGAUGAUUUAAAAUAUUUGCUCAGAGAGGAAAAGAAAUGGUUGACCUACUUCUUGCUAUUUGCAUUCAGAAGGCAUCGUCCCAGCCCAUCCUAUUGGUGGCAGAAUAUCUAAAGAUGUCGCAAAGUCCCCCACUGCAGUAGAAAUGCAGGAGGUGUUCUGUUCCCCGUCCAAUUCCUUCUUAGGCUGCUAGAGACAGCCAGUGGGCCAAGCCUUCCCCUGUGCUCCAGGCAGGCCUGGGCUGCCGCUACUGUUAUCUUUUUACAGCCUUUGAUCUGAUCGCUGCAGAGUUCUUUUGUUUUUAAAUCACUUGUAUUUGUCUCUUCAUUAAGGCUUCAAGUUUAUUUCUUGAAAAAGUUUAGUCAAUUGAACCACCCUCCAGGAAGAUUCCCAGCGUGGAAACUGCCUCUGAAAAACAAGGCAGCCCAAAGCCAGCUCUCCUUUGUCCUCCACUGAUGUCAUGUCCUUUUUUUUUUUUUUUUUUUUUUUCAUUUCAGGCCAGUUUCUUAACUUGGGGCAAAGAGAAUGUGUUGCUAAAGCUACCAAGAAAACUGCUUGAUUAACAAAUUCUUAAUAGAAAUGCCUCCCACACUGUCUCUUUGGAAAGAGAAGGCACCUUGGAAUCGACAUUCCAAAACCAAGCUCCUUGUCGUCCUCAUCCCUCCUCCUUCUUGCUUCCUAUUAUCAAACUCGUGUGUGUUUCUUGUUUUCUCAGAACUGAACACAGCCUCCUAAUUCCAUCCUCUUGGCUAGGGCUUACAAUACUGAGAGCGAUUACAGCCUGUAAUGGGUUAAAGGUCCCUGAGCGUGGCUCUCUUGUUCUGCGCCUCUAAUUAAUUCUUCUAUUGAAAGAUGCUUUCCUUCUAACUGCAGCUUACAGAAAGGCUACAAGCUUUAAUCACAGAUCAUUUCAUUUGCCAGAGGCUUUCCUUUUCUAACUCCUUUAGAAAUAAGAUUUCCCUCUCUGUUUGGAAUCUCUGGAUACAGGACUCUCCUCCAAGCUCAUGGCUUGAUUGGCUUUGCCUGUGCACACCCACAUCAGUCUGCCUUAAACUUGGAGCUAUGGGGAGUCCAGGAUUUUCCAGCUUAGUGGGUGAAGUUUAGCUGUCACAUACAUCCAGGAAGUGGGGGAAAGGGGGAAAAAAGAGGAUAUUCACCACCAUGUUCCCAUCCGGUCUUUCCCCUGCCUUGCUUUGUGCAGCAGGUGGGCAGACAGCCCACAGAAACAGAAGUAGAAAGAGGGCCGCACCAUCUCUGGGGCCAGCACUCCCAAGUCUUACCUCUUUGUGGGGAUAGAAAAUCCUGAGCUCCCACCACCUCUCAUCUGACCCUCCAUCAACUCCCUUGAACCUGUGCAAAUGGACUGAGCAAAAGAAAAUGGAAGGAGAUGUUUGUCACCACACAGGAGACCUCCUUUCUGGCCCCAAGCACAACUCCAUCUCUGCGUAUGCUCAGAAACUCAGAAUUUAGCUACUACUUAUGUGUUAGCUCCAUUCUCUCUGGUGUGUGACUGAGAGAACACGCCAGUGUUCUUACUGACAGAGGCUUAGGGGUGACCCUCUCUGGACCCAGGGGAAGUACAACCUCUGUAGCGGGAGUUGUCCUUGGGAACAGAAACAGACAUUCCUCCACAGUGAGUGGCUCCCCCUAUUUUUUUUUUUUUUAUUUGGAAGAGACCAAGAAUUGGGGGAAUUGAUUUCCAGUCUUAGCUGUUUCCCGGAAUGUCAUCUGUGCAGGCAGGUAGGCGGCUGCCGGGUGCAGCAGGCAGCGUGACUGAUGUGAAGGCCGCCCAAUCCUCACGUGCUGAGACCCGAGUAUCGUGUUUAAUUGCAGUGUAGGCGUGUCGCCAUUCAAACUCAGUUCUGGGGUGGUUUUGCAUAAAGUUUUGCCAACGUGUUCUUUUUUCUGUAUGUAUUAUUGCCUUUUUAUAAAAGGUGUUGAAGUAUUGUCUCAGUGAUAAAAAGAGAGAGAUGUUAAUGGUUGUUGUAUAUUUCACCGUAUCCAAUUGUAAGUAUUUGCAGGGUACAGCAGAGCCUUAGCUUGCAAGAGCGUUUGUGCAGGAGGUGUCCCUCAACACCCAGGAGCUGAAGGGAUUGGAAAGGUUUGGAUUCUUUGUAAAUGUCCUGCUUUUCUUUCUCUCUGUGUGUAUCUAUUUACAUGCCUUAGCACACGCCCUCCCAUCCUGAUCCCUUUGCCCUGUCGCCGGAACAACCAGAAUGCUGGUGCGCUGCCGGCACAGUACAAGUUGAUGAAACCCUAAUCAGUUAUCUUGUGUGACAGGGGAAGAAGAGAAACUCCAUAGUAUUCCUUGUAGAAUAUACAUACCUGUAGGAUGCUGUGUAAUGGGAAACCAUAGAAUUGGGCUUUUGUCAUUUCAAAGUUGGAGAAAUGUAUGAAUAAAAUGUAUAAAACAUGAAAA